AUGACGCUCACUCCAGCUCAGAUGAACAAAUUGUCCUACAUCUGCAAGUCCAUCCUCCCUGUAUGCGAACCGUAAUCCCCACCAUUCGACCUUCACGGACUGGCGCAGACCCGCAUCUGGCGUGCGAACUCGGGCUGGCUGUGAGAACACCUCCAUCGCCGAUCCACGCCGCCCGCGCAAUGCCACGAGAUGUCUCGGUGUACGCUCGCCACUAACGAUCCCUUGUGAAAAACCACAGUGACCACAUCCGAGUAUGACCGCCUCCUCAAGACCUUAGGAUCGCGCGUUCCGCUUCCUCGACGACCAUCCGCCGACGAGGCGCACGUGAACAGGUUCAUCUCGAAUGAAGAGUCAGUCCGAACUCUCCUGACAGGGCCGUCUUUGUAAAUCACGUGCUUUAACCAAUUCCUCCACGUGUCAACGUCGGGUCAAAAAAAUAUCAGUCAACCUGAACCCGUUGUAUCCCGUCACGCGAUUCGACUGCUGGCGCUCGUCUUUACCUUUGGCGUCGUUUACGAAAACCUGCUUCUCGGCCUGCUAAGGCGCCAAAAGUACGAUCAUCGGAAUGGCUUGGCAGGAGACUGCUCUCUGCGCUGAUGUUCUCGGGCCUUCCUUAUCGCGAAAACAGACUCUCAUCGAUCCUGCGUUCCUUGCGCCUGUCGUCGUCCUUGCGUCUCGCUUCUUUUGUUGCCGGGUUUUCCGCUUGCUACCGCCUCGUCCUGUCUCGUCUUCGGUCAACUCUGCCCGACUAUGCCUCCGACAGCAAGACCGACAGAAGCAGGCAACAGCUCAGCUCACUCAAGCGAAUCAAAAACAAGCUGCUGCUUUCCGACGGUCUUCCACCCUUCUUGGCCGCCUUGAUCGCCAGCCCCAUCAUGCUCCUUGAGCCCCGAGGCCAAAGAAGAGUUGUCAGUCGCUCGGAACUUUUUCUGCUGAGGAGGUGGCUGACGAGUUGAAGUCAUCUUUACAGACCAUCUCUGUCUAUUCUCUCACUCGGGCUCUGCAUGGCAUGAUCGUGGGAGCCGGUAAUAGGAGGUGGUUGCCCCAAGCCAUGAUCGAAGGAAGAUGGUGGUGGGGAGGUCACAUCGUCUUUGCGUAAGCGCCCAACUGCAGCUCACUUUUUCCAUUACCCAUAGCAUAUCAUUGAUCACCAGCGAUGCCCUAAUGACCUCAACAGUCUUGCAAAUGGUCUCCUGCUCCACUCCUUCGUCUACAACCCUUCGACUUUCCCCGCCGCCUACUCCAGCUUUAUUCUCCGCUUCUCUUCGGCCUACCUCCCCGCCCGUCCUGCCCAACUGCCCGCAUCGGCACCCUGGCCGACACCCCGAGAUAUCAUCGCAGCGAUAGCCGAAUCCUCGCGUCUUCGAUGGCCCGCAUUCGUCUCCCCUCUGAUCCACCCCAGCGCCCCACGUUCUUUCGAUAAUCCCAUCUUGAACAAGAUCACGCCGAUUUUGGAUCGUACCCAUCCCGGCCACUCGAGAUUGGUCUGCGCCUUCCUCCACCCCGAUCAAACGGAAUGCCAAUCCGUCACUACGAACUUUGUAACACGAGAAGCCCUCUCGGCAUCAAAACUCUUCGGAGCACUCUCCCUCCUCGGUCUCCUCAUCAGAUGGAAGAAAUCCCUUCGCACACCAGACGAAUCUAUUUAUCGUGCUCUCCUCUCCACAACAACCUCUUCCCUCUUCCUCUCCCUAUCCCUGGGCACUUCCUGGUCCAUGGUCUGCGCUCUACAGCACUACCUCCCCAACUCGUUCCUCAAGACCAAACGAUUCUUCGUCCAAGGUUUCUUGGCCGCACUAUGGGUUGGCUUGGUCGGCGGACGACGAGCGAUGGAUCUAGGGUUGUAUGCAUCGAGGACGGCGAUUCAGUGCGUUUGGGAUACGGCCGUGGCGAAGAAGCAGAUCAGGUCGAUCGCGUGAGUCGAGCGAUCAUCUCUUUGUGUCCUUGAGAUGAAGUCAGAGACUGACUUUGAACGAAACCCCUCUGCUCACCAAGUCACGGAGAUGUCCUCGUCUUUGCCCUCUCCAUGUCUACACUGAUGACACUACAUGAUGUAAGUCUUCUCUCCACGCUUUCCUUACGCGUUCCACCCUCACUAAACCCUUCCCCUCUGCGUAGGCCUACCCGGCAUGCAUCAACUCCGCCUUCGUUCGAGGCGCCCUAGAGCGUAUCGGAGGCCCUUCCCAUGCCGAAGAGAAAGCUCGACAACAACUCUUGGAAGAGAAAAAGCGAAGAGGGUCGACGAAUACGUAUGUGCCGAACACGAGUGGAUGA